CUUUAACAAGGGACUCUGUUAAAUUCACAACGAUUGUAUUCCUAAAGUCUUGCGCAGAAGGUCUGUAUUGUGUCCCGUAGGAGCUUUAAGGUACCUGCUCAAAGCCUCAGGCAACAAAUGCGGAUUAUCCUCAUUAUCGACAUCUGGUGAUCCUUUCAUAUUUAUGUCCCUCCCCUGUUACCCAUCAUCUUGUCACCUCCCGGACUACUCACCCUGUUUAUCACUUCAGCUCUCUUGGCACUAUUCCCUACCCCCCGACCCCCCUACCAGCUUCUCUCUCCCUCAGUUCCGUCCCGUUCGCCUGAGCGGGGUACCUCUCCACGAUGGCAGACCGACAACAGGUGCAGCAGAACCUCAAUGGCCUACUCUCCAAGCUAGACGACCCCGAUCCGGAUAUGAGGUACAUGUCAUUAAAUGAUCUGUACGGAAUUCUCACCAGUCCCGGCUCCAGCUACCUGCCACACGACCAAUUCUCCUCUGCUAAACUUGCCGAGGGCUUGUUGAAGGCCUUGGAUGAUCAACAUGGUGACGUCCAAAACCAAGCUCUAAAAUGUCUCGGCCCUCUUGUUGUCCGGUUGCCCUCUGAAACCCUCACAUCGCUACUCGAGAAACUAUCGAAUCUGACUUCUUCCCAAACAAUCGACACAUCAGUCCCAAACACCGCGCUGAGGGUUAUUGUCACCGCACUUCCACGUCCUCAGCCAGCUCAGCCACCAAGUCAAGAGGCCACCGCAGCAUACUCUGCGGUUUCCAGGGUCCUCAUCCCCCGUUUGAUAGGCCCUAGCCCGUCCUCUCAAAGGAGGAGCUCUGCCACCAAAGGAAUGUUGGAGAAAGACCCGUCAAAAGGCUUUAGCAGCGACGCUAUUGAUGUCGUGAUUCAAGUGGCUUCAUGUUUCGGAACGCUCCUGAAAGAAGACGAACUGACGGCGUUGGAGAAGGCGGUCAUGUCCAUUAUUGACAACGAUACAGCUGGUACUGUAGUCACGAAACGGGCAUUGGCCGCGAUUUCAGCUCUGGUGCUUCACUUUUCCGACAGUCAGCUUGGAUCUUUUGUCGCGGAGCUCGUUGGAAGGUUCAACUCUCCUCAGCUGAGCACCGUUCACCAACGACAUUUGAUUGCGGUUGUUGGGAGUGUAGCGAGAACAGUGCCUGCGAAAUUUGGUCCGCAUCUUCCAACUCUAGUACCUUUCAUCUUUUCAGCGGUGGGUGAAGAUGAUUUGGAGUAGUUGAUCCAGACCGACAGCUCAUACUCGAUACCAGCUGUAGCUUAGGAGAGAGCGAACCCUAGUAGGUUUCCCUGAUUAGAUUGUUCAACCAGGGAUUCCCAAUGUAAUUUGAUUUUCUCUUACCAGAAAUUAGAAUCGGUUUUACAGUAGACGGGGGCACAUAUGACAAUAAAAGAAUAGAUCAUGAUCCUUCG